UGUAACACGUGGUAGCUCGAAAAAGCAAGGACAAUAAUAUUGGUAUAAAAUAUAGAGUAGAUAGGCUUCACUGGUCUGUAUCCUCUUCUCUACUAUUUUUCUUUGUUCUGAUCACUCUUCCUCAUCUCCAUAGCCAUAUCCAAAGUCCAGGGUCGACCUGUAGGACACAGAAAAUGGCAUUCCGGUUGGACUUGAUAAUUCUAGUGGCAUCUAUGGUGGGUGCAGCAGCUGCAGCAACCACAUAUACAGUUGGAGACACUACGGGUUGGAGAGUUCCUCCUAAUACUUCUUUUUACGAUACUUGGGUUGCAAAUAAGUUGUUUGAGGCAGGAGACUCUCUAGAAUUCAAUUGGACAUCCAUUCACACUGUGUUGGAAGUGACAUCAAAGGCUGAAUAUGAUAAUUGCACUAAAACAAGUGGUGUUCUCCAGCAAACCAGCCCUGCAACUUUUCGAUUGACCAAAAAUGGAACCUUCUACUACAUCUGCACCAUCGGCACUCACUGCGAUUUAGGUCAGAAGGUGACCAUCAAAGUUGGCAAUGGAAGUUCACCAUCAAACUCUGCACCUCUACCUCUCACCAUCAAUGUCUUUUCUCAACUUCUCUCUGCCACUAUCAUGUAUUUCUUGACUGCUCACAUUGUCUAAUGAAUUAGGAUUGUGUGUACAAUUUCUUGUUGUCUUUAGUGUUUUUGUACUAUCUGUUACUGUCAUGGUCUUUCUUAUAAAUUGUAUUGUGAUGUUUUUUUAAAUGAUAGUUAAUGUUUCGUGAA